CUGAGCUCAGCGUUUGUGAAUUUAUGCUGAAUCGCAGAGCCUACAAGUCAAAUCAGCUGGGCAGUCAGCUGAUCUCCGUCUAAACAGCAGGAGAAGCGAGGUCGCCGGUGAAGUGGUGGUCCUGAAUGAGCAGCUACUAAACCCCAGGAAUAAAGGAACUCCAAAAGUGUUUUGUGGAGAAGAGCUGGUCGCGGUCAGACGAUCCAAGAGUGGAAAGAAAACAUACCCUGAUAGCUGCUAUGGCUUACGACAGCGCUCUUUCAAGGAUCUCAGUCGGUGGAAUAACCGUCGGGGGUAAUUUCUCCUCGCUUUGCCCAAACGGGUCGGAGUGGGUUUGGAACGGCCUCGGGGAGUGCGCGCAGGAUGCCCGGGACAUGUCCAGUGUGAUCCUCGGCCUUUUCUCCAUAGGCUGCUUCAUGGUCUCUUCACUCCCGCAAUACUACAGCUCCUGCCGCACAGGGAAUAUGGACCAAGCUCUGUCCAUUUGGUUCCUGCUCCUGUGGUUGUCAGGUGACACGUGCAACUUAGUGGGAUCCUUCCUGGCUGACCAGCUGCCGCUGCAGACGUACACUGCGGUCUACUACGUGAUAGCUGACCUGAUGAUGCUGGGCUUGUACUUCUACUACAAGGCAAAGAACAAAUUCAGCACUAACAAUGGUACCCUGAAUGGGGUUGCUGUGCUCUGCCUCCUGGGCGUGUCUAGUCUGACGCUGCUCCCCAGGUCUGACAUGGAGGCACAGGCAUCAUCCUCAGCUCUGAGGCCCGGCAGCCGAGCACUGCUGACUGUACCCGAGGACACCUCGUCUCUGAUGGCAUCCUUCAGCACUAAGGAGAUCAUUGGCUUCACCAUCGGCUCCAUCUCCUCUGUCAUGUACCUGUGCUCCAGGCUACCGCAGAUAUACACUAAUUACAAGAGGAAGUCUACGGAGGGCGUCUCCUUCUUCCUGUUUGCGCUGGUGAUCCUGGGCAACACUACGUACGGUCUGAGUGUGCUGCUGAAGAACCCGGAGCGUGGGCAGGGGGAGGUCAGCUACGUCAUCCACCACCUCCCCUGGCUCAUCGGCAGCCUCGGCACACUCUGCCUUGACGUCCUCAUCUCCCUGCAGUUUUUGACCUACAACAAGAACAAAGACACCGUCUCCAGCGGAGAAACUGCACCUCUUCUUGGCAACUAAGAGAUUAUCUGGGUGCUGGAAUUUUAGAAACCAAACAUUUUAUUUGACCUUUUUUUUUGCUUUUAUUAUUUUUUAAUCAUAUUUAAGUGUUCUUGUUUUAAUAUUAUUGCCAGGCAUAACUGGAUGAUAUUUUUUCGAGGGAGUGUACAACUUCUGGUUUCUUGUGUAUGAGAGUAUAUAAGUAUAUUCCUCUUUAUGCUCUUAAAUAUGUCGAUGUCAACAAGGGACCUCAUGACGAUGAGAAUUUAUUGUGAAUAGAGAAAGAAACAUGUGAAUAUGACAAAAAGAAACAUUUGCACAAAGCCUUUUUUGAAGACGCUACUUACAAAGUAUUUUUAAAACGAAGGACGAGGUUGCCCCCUCAUGGUAUGAUAUUGUACAAGUCAGACUAUUGUCAGAAUUACUGUACAGUUCAAAUUGUUCUCACUUGCAUGCUGUUUUUCUUUAUUUUUUGUCUUUGUUUAAUCACAGUUUCCAGUGACGUUUCAAUGGUGUCAUGCCUUAUCAGGGCUGUCAUUUUAUGGAUAUACUGUAUAUAUUUAGCACCAUUGAGAAGUUCUGCUUAAUAUCACAUUUGUUUACAGAAUUGAUGGGAGUAAGGGAAGGGGGGAUUUUGCUUUUAUUUUAUUUUUUUAAUCUUCAUUGUCCUGUAAUGCAUACUUUGUAACAUUUGUCUGUAAUUUGUCAUGAAAGGUUGACCAUAGCUGUGUACUAAAAGAAUGUUUUGCCAAA